CAAUAAAAUUCAACUUCCGCUUCUGUUAUUUAUUCCGUUCGAUUCCAGUGUUUCUGUGAGUCCAAUUCCAUUGACAAAGCAUAUUUAACCAUUUAUUUUGACGUCCACCUACACUAUUUGCACACACACAAAACAAUCUCCAACAUUUCUUAACCAACAACUGGAAGCUAAUAAUGGACAGAGACCAAGCUACUUCUCCACCAAUUCAAACAUCGGCGUUACUCUCUUAGAAUUAUACGAGAAUAUCUUAUGUGGAAAAAAGUGGUUUUUAUUUGAGAUCUAUCUUCAAUAUUCAUCAUUUAAAGACUAAAAAUGGAUGUUCAAGAAAACAGAUGUACCCUUGUUUGUAUCAAUCUCAGAUAAAAUUUCUGGGAAAUAUUUCCUAUGAAUAGAGAACACUGACAAAAUUUCCUUAAUUCACUGGGUACAAGAUGAUGUUUGCAUUGUAAUUAAUUUUGGAUUACAAAAGCGUUUCCAGUAUUUCCAAAUAAAGACAAAGAUCACACUUGAUAGAGAUGUUGGAGAAGAAGUAUUUAUUAGGGAUAAAGUUAUAAAGAUCAAAAGAAGACUAACAUCUGUAUGUUGUGUGGGAGAGAAGGAAAAAAUGAUGGAAAAUGAAUUCUGUGAGAAGAAGAUUAAAGUUGAAGCACAACCUGAAAGGAUUGAUUUUAUUGAUAAUAUAAAGAAAGAGAAAGAAAAAACUCUAUACCAUUGUAAUAUAUGUGGCAAAUCAUUCUCUAGGAAAGACAGCCUAACUACUCACAAAGAUAUUCAUACAGGAGAGAAACCACAUCACUGUGAUGUCUGUGGUAAAUCAUUCUCAGCUAUUGGUUCCUUAAAUACUCACAAACGAAUUCACACAGGAGAGAAACCAUAUCUCUGUAAUAUCUGUGGUAAAUCAUUCUCUCAAAUAGGUCACUUAAUUACACACAAGCGCAUUCAUACAGGAGAGAAGCCAUACCACUGUGAUAUCUGUGGUAAAUCGUUCUCUGAAAAGGGUGUCCUAAAAAAACACAAACACAUUCAUACAGGAGAUAAACCUUAUCUCUGUGACAUCUGUGGGAAAUCGUUCUCUCAACAAGGGAUCUUAACUAAACACAAACGCACUCAUACAGGAGAGAAACCAUAUCACUGUGACAUAUGUGGUAAAUCAUUCUCUGCAAGUGGUAACUUAAUUAAACACAAACAUAUUCAUAUAAGAGAUAAACCUUAUCAUUGUGAUGUCUGUGAUAAAUCAUUCUCUCAGAGACAUUCCUUAACUGCUCACAUAUGUAUUCAUACAGGAAAGAAACCAUUUGACAGUGAUAUCCAUGGUAAAUUAUUCAAUGAAACUAGUCACUUAAGUAAACACAAGAGUCUUCAGACAGCAGAAAAGCCAUAUGACUGUGAUAUCUGUGGUAAAUCAUUCUCUCUAAGUAGUAACUUAACUACACACAAACACAUUCAUACAGGAGAAAAACCACAUCCCUGUGACAUUUGUGGUAAAACAUUCUCUCAGAGUGGUAACUUAGUUAUACACAAACGUAUGCAUACAGGAGAGAAGCCAUAUCCUUGUGAUAUCUGUGGUAAGUCAUUCCCUCUAAGUGUUAAUUUAACCACACACAAACGCAUUCAUACAGGACACGAACCAUAUCAUUGUGACAUAUGUGGUAAAUCAUUUUCUGCAAAUGGUAACUUAAUUAAACACAAACAUAUUCAUAUAGGAGAUAAACCUUAUCAUUGUGACAUCUGUGAUAAAUCAUUCUCUCAGAGACAUUCCUUAACUGCUCACAUAUGUAUUCAUACAGGAAAGAAGCCAUUUAACAGUGAUAUCCAUGGUAAAUUAUUCAAUGAAACUAGUCACUUAAGUAAGCACAAAAGUCUUCAGACAGCAGAAAAGCCAUAUCACUGUGAUAUCUGUGGUAAGUCAUUCUCUCAAAGUGGUAACUUAACUACACACAAACACAUUCAUACAGGAGAAAAACCAUAUCCUUGUGACAUUUGUGGCAAAUCAUUCUCUCAAAGUGGUAAUUUGGUUAUACACAAACGUAUGCAUACAGGAGAGAAGCCAUAUCCUUGUGAUAUCUGUGAAUAUCAGAUGACAUUGGCAUAGUAGAAAGUUUUAAAGACUAAAGGAAAGUCUUAUACACAAGAGACAUAAACUUGUUUAUAUAAAUCUAUGCAAGAAUUUCUGUGAAAUAUUUGAUCUGAACAGAGACAAGUUUCCAAAAUUUCCCUUCUUCGUUCUCUGAAAUGUGUACAGUAUGAUUUCAAGUUUUAAUUAAACUUUGGAUUGCAAAACAGUUUGCAGCAUAUUCCAAUAUCAACAGAGGUCACAAUUGACAGAAACAUAACAGAAGAAACAUUUGCGAGGAAUAAAAUAUAAAAGCAAAAUUUUUAAAUUAUUGAAAAAGUUGCAAGACGCAAUGAAAAUUUUAGAAAAAUAAAAAAGAAAUAAGUGGAAAUUUUACCGGUGAGUGUGUUAAAUGAUAAGGCACUAAAAGAGAAUGACUCUUCCCAGACAACAGAAUAUGCUUCAACACAAGAAAUCACAUAAAGAAUCUUGCAAACCAAAUCCAAAAAUGAAAUAAAACUAAAAAAAAACUAUUUGUUUCUUGUGGUUGUAAAAUUA